AUGGCCCUCGCAGGCUGGGUUUGUGUGGCCCCCUGCCUGGCUUCCUGCUUAUGCUUUGCCCACGGUGCCAGCUCGGUGGCCUGUGAGGACAUGCAGCGCAAGCACAUUCGAGCCCAGCCCCAGAGCCCCAGGACCCACCAUGUCACCAUUCACACCAGCAGGUCCUCCUACUCGCCAGGUGACACGGUGCCAGUGACUGUGAGGAGUAGCCGUGACUUCAUGGGAUUUUUACUUCAGGCCCGAAGAGGGUCCGAUCAUCAAACAGCCAGCACUUUGCUUCUUGUUCCGCCGCGUUCCAAACUGAUGGCCUGUUUGGAAGAGGCCAGCGUGGUCACCCACUUGGACAAGUCCCGGAAGAGAACCCUGUCCUUCGUGUGGAAGGCCCCUGCCCAGGCUGUGGGGGGACCUCAGGUUCCUAAAGAGAGCAAAGCGCCUUUAUCAGUCGCCCAGUCAUAUUUCAUUUACUGGGCAAGGACUGAAUCAUCUGUUGUGUCUCAACAGACACAAAGCAGAGCCCAUUCCACGGCCGCGUGGAACCAGGCCCACUGCGGCCAACCCUGGGCAGAGGCCAGAGGUGCCCAGUGCUGCUCCUCCAGCCUCCCCGCCAAGAUAUUCCUAAAAGCAGAGAAGGCAUUUCAGACUCCCAGUCUGCCCAUCACUCUUUCGCAGCAGCGCACGAGAGCCCCUGCUGCUGCCGUCGUGGGGGCUGUGGAGGAGGACAGCUUAGAUCCUGUUCCUGCCAGUGCUGGGGUAUCAGAGUUUCAUCGGGGUGCAGAGACUGUGUUCCAGCUAUCGCUGCACACAGCUACUACUGUCAGCGAUGGCCAGCCACCCAGCAGGGACAGCAAUCCAACCCUAGAACCCUCCCUGGAUGUCCAUGGGCUGAAGAGGCUGGUGGCCCUCAGGAGCUUGUUCACCCAGGGCUUUGCUUCCUGCCCCAGCACCCACCACAGGGCUCAGGGUGAUCCAAGCUCUGAUUCCUUGGAAACUUGCCUGUCCUCAGAUAGGAACGAACAGCACAAGGUGGGGGCCUCUAACAGGACCAUGACAAGGCCUUGCCUGGACACUGUCCCUCUUACCUAUCCUCGGUGCCUCUGGCCCUCUGAAGCACUGGCUGGGGCUGGGCUUGGGGCUGGGCUUGGGGCUGGGGCUGGGACUGGGGCUGGGACAGCCAACGCAACUCCUGUCUUCCAUGCCUCGGCCUCUCCCAGGCCACCCGCUACUGCUGGCUGGUCAGAGGUAUCUGGGCCCUCUGCCAGCUUCUUGCCUCGGUCAAAGCACAACCUACCCAGAGUGGAAGAGGGAAAUGGAGAGGGCAGAGUGGGCUGCCCCAGGGAGGCCCAUCCAAGGCCUGAGGCUGGGCAAGAGGGAGCCAGUGCCCCUUCAGGGAUCCAGCUCAGGACUCCCCAACUGGGAAUCCUGCUUUGUCUUUCGGCCACCUUGGGCAUGGCUUUGGCUGCUGGCCUUUGUGACCUACACACCCAGUGUUGCCACAAGCAGACGAAGGUGUCCUUCAGGGAGCCAGCCCACGAUGCCGUUGCCAAGAGUGACAGUGAUGAGACUCGGCAUGUCAGGCAGAGCCGGGAGAACAGUGGUGGUUUGGUUGGAGCUGACCACAACUGGAUCACUCCCUCUGCGGGUAGCAAGAAAACAGUCCUCUGAGAAGCCCAUGGUCCCAGGCCUCCCUGUGGCCUCUGU